AUUGUUAAAAGCACUUUCUAAAAGAAUAUGUGCAACUUGGAGCGUUACAAACGCCAACGUAGUACUUCCGGGAGGUACCUAAACGCAACACAGAACAUUGCCAUGACAGACGGAAGCGGGAAAUUCAAGCCUGUCGCUGCGUGAUUCUUAUUUGGGAGAAAAAAAACACAAUUAUUCCUCCUAACCAAACUUUACACUUUACCUGGUUAGUACACGUCGACAGAUUGCCCAUUCAACAAAAUGGUCCGAAUUGCACUUGCUGCUGGUGGCCAUGAUUGUAAACGAUGUGAGGAUCCCUACAACCCGUGACGUCACGCGCACAUCGUCUGCUACUUCCGGUACAGUCCAAAAAGAAAGGACUAAGUUUGGAGGAGAAGAGAAGCCGCAUGAUGGAGAUUUUCUUUGAAACUAAGGAUGUCUUCCAGCUGAAAGACAUUGAGAAGAUUGCCCCAAAGACAAAGGGAAUAGCUCCCAUGACGGUGAAGGAUGUGCUGCAGAGCCUGGUGGACGACAACAUGGUAGACUGCGAGCGAGUGGGCACGUCCAACUACUUCUGGGCUUUCCCCAGCAAAGCUUUGCACGCUCGCGAGCUCAGACUAGAGGAGCUGCAGAAGCAGGUCUCGGAAGCCCAGGAGCGUAAAAGUUCUCUCCAGAAUGCGGUUGGAAAAGCCAAAGAAGGACGUGAGGACACGACUGAGAGGAGCGCCCUGCUCAAGGAGCUUCAGGCUCUGAAAGACGAGCAAAUUCAGCUGCACACCGAGUUGGACAAGUAUAAGGAAUGUGACCCGGAAGUUGUCGAGCAGAUGAAAAAAUCUAACGCUGUGGCUAAAGAAGCAGUUUCGAGGUGGACAGGUGCGACUUAUACUCUGGAGCGACUUAUACUCCGAAAAAUACGGUAUAUCAUAUUUUUGAAAAUUAUAUCAAUUUAUAUUUCAUUAAAAACAUAUAGGACUGUGUGCCAACGAUUUGGCUUCAAAGUCAUUUUUAUUCCAACCAUUGAAAAAACUUCUGAGGUCCAUUUCCCUUCCUAAAUCUGUUCAAAAACC